CAGUAUGGCGGAGCUGCAAUGAUUUCCUCCAGUACCGACGGGUCCUAAAACCCUGCACCGCGGAUGCUCUCCGGACAAGCGGGGGGAGAAAAGCAGCAGUUUGCACCCAUCAAUCCAGCCUGACUGUUUGGUGGAAGGAAUCUUGCCCCAACACGCCACUGAGGUCUCCACCUGUGGCUCGGUGUGAUGACGUCCUGAGAAACAGCUCCCCCGUGUCCCUCCUUGGCCUGGCUGUGUUGCACAUGGUGGUCGUUACACCCGCCACAGAGGUGCGCUGACACCCUCGUCGCUCUCCUCUGCCUCCCCAAUAAAGCCUGCACCUGCACCAGCAACCAUAACAAUGACCUCUCACAGCCGACAAGGUGGAUUGAGCAGCAAGGAGCAGCCUCUAGAACUUCUCAAACCGACUUCACGCAACCAUUUUGUGGACGUGAGCACAGCAGCACUGCCCACGCAGGUGCCCCCCACCGCCACAGCCAUCCUUCCCAUGGACCUGCGCGUAGUGGACCACCCUCACCACCACCACCAGCAGCAGCCCCCCUUCGGCCUGGUUCCCCCACCCCACCCCGCGCCGGCCACUUCCACAGCAUCGUCCGAGACAGGCAGGGGGCCAGUCAUUGGCCACCAGGAGCAGCACCUGCAGCAGGAACUGGUGGCUCUGAAACACAAGCAGCAGCUCCAGAGGCAGCUACUGAUCGCAGAGUUUCAGAGGCAGCAUGAACAGCUCUCACGACAACAUGAAGCUCAGCUGCAGGAACAUAUCAAGCACCAACAGGAUUUACUGGCGCUCAAGCACCAACAAGAGCUGUUGGAGCAUCACAGGAAGAUUGAGCAGCAACGUCAUGAGCAGCAGCUGGAGAAGCAGCAGCGAGAACACAAACUCCAACAGCUCAAACACAAGGAGAGGGGACAAGAGAGUGCAGUCGCCAGUACUGAGGUAAAGAUGCGACUUCAGGAGUUUGUCCUGAACAAGAAGAAAGCCUUGGCUCAGCGAAACCUAAACCACUGUCUGCCCAGUGACCCGCGCUACUGGUAUGGAAAAACCCAGCACAGCUCCUUGGACCAGAGCUCUCCUCCCCAAACAGCAUUGUCAGCAUACAACCAUCCAGUGCUGGGAACGUACGACUCAAAAGACGACUUCCCGCUCCGCAAAACAGCCUCUGAGCCCAACCUCAAGCUUCGUUCUCGGCUAAAGCAGAAGGUGACCGAGCGCCGCAGUAGCCCUCUGCUCCGCAGGAAAGAUGGACCCAUCACUACUGCCAAGAAGCGGUCGCUAGAUGUGGCUGAGUCCGCAUGCAACAGUGCACCAGGCUCAGGUCCCAGCUCUCCCAACAACAGCUCCAGUAACAUCCCCAGUGAGAAUGGGGUCACAAUCUCUAGCAGCCCAGGAGAGGCCUCCCUGCUUCAGAGGUUGGCAGCAAGGGAAGGUUCAGUCAGCCAGCUCUCUCUCUACACCUCACCGUCUCUGCCGAACAUCACCCUGGGACUGCCGGCCACAGGUCCUGCAAGCACUGUGGUAUCAGGACACCAAGAUGGUGAGAGUCAUCUGGCGUUGCCUGCGUUACAACAGGGCAUUCCACUGACCUCUCCUUUCCUGCCCACUGCCCACCUGCCCUCCUACUUGGCAUCUUCAGCACUGGACAGAGAGGGAGCAGGAGGGGGCACGGCGGGUCACAACCCCCUCCUCCAACACAUGGUGCUGCUGGAGCAGAGCCACAGUCCAAUGGUUGGUCUGGGCGGCCUACCCCUACCAUCACCCUCUGUUUCCAAGCUUGUCCGGGGCCACCGUCCCCUGGGGAGAACCCAGUCGGCCCCUCUGCCCCAGCAGCAGUGCGGACAGGCCCAGGCCCUGCAGCAGUUGGUGGUCCAGCAGCAGCACCAGCAAUUCCUGGAGAAGCACAAGCAACUAUUCCAACAACAGCAGCAGCAGCACAUCAUCAACAAGAUCAUGUCCAAGCCCAGUGAUCCGAUCUCAGCGGCAGGCUCCAGUGCCUCGGGGCCGGGCAGGCAGCACCAGAGUCACCCAGAGGAGACGGAAGAGGAGCUCAGGGAGCACCAGGGACUCUCCUCGUCCUCGUCAUCGUCCUCCUCUACCUCCGUGCAGGAGUCAGGGAUGCUACGAGGGCUGGUCAUCAAGCAGGAGCCCCCCGACCCCCAGGAGCAGGAGGAGAGGGAGCAGAGGGAGAGGCAGGCUGACCAGGACUUCCUGUUCAAACAGCAGGCUCUGCUGUUAGAGCAGCAGCGGAUCCACCAGUUGAGGAACUACCAAGCCUCCAUGGAAGCAGCCGGGUUAUCAGUCAGCUUCGCCGGACACCGCCCCCUGUCCAGGGCUCAGUCAUCUCCAGCCUCCGCCUCCUUCCCCUUGGUGGUACCGGAGCCACCAGCCAAGCCUCGAUUUACUACAGGUCUUGUGUAUGACUCCUUGAUGCAGAAGCACCAGUGUAUGUGUGGCAACACCACCAGUCAUCCAGAGCACGCGGGCCGUAUUCAGAGCAUCUGGUCCCGACUACAGGAGACAGGCCUCAGGGCGCACUGUGAGUGUAUCCGCGGUAGGAAGGCCUCGUUGGAAGAGUUACAAACAGUCCACUCUGAGGCCCACGUCUUACUGUAUGGAACAAACCCACUGCGGCAGAAACUAGACUGCUCCGUAAGUCCCAUGUUUGUGAGGUUACCAUGCGGAGGCAUCGGGGUGGACAGCGACACCAUUUGGAAUGAAGUCCACUCGUCCAGUGCAGCUCGUCUGGCCGUCGGCUCUGUGGUGGAGCUCGUCUUCAAAGUAGCAUCAGGAGAACUAAAGAAUGGUUUUGCUGUAGUUCGACCACCUGGACAUCAUGCUGAGGAGAGCACACCAAUGGGCUUCUGUUACUUCAAUUCAGUCGCCAUAGCAGCCAAGCUUCUGCAACAGAGGCUCAAUGUCAGUAAAAUCCUCAUCGUGGACUGGGAUGUUCACCAUGGUAAUGGAACCCAGCAGGCUUUCUACGCUGACCCCAGUGUCCUUUACUUGUCGCUUCAUCGCUACGAUGAUGGGAACUUCUUCCCUGGCAGUGGAGCACCCGAUGAGGUGGGCAGUGGAGCAGGUGUAGGCUUCAAUGUGAACAUGGCCUUCACUGGAGGACUGGAACCUCCCAUGAGUGACGCAGACUAUCUAGCUGCAUUCAGAACGGUGGUCAUGCCUAUUGCCAACGAGUUUGCCCCGGACAUGGUUCUGGUAUCUUCUGGCUUUGAUGCGGUGGAUGGACAUGCUCCACCCUUGGGAGGAUACAAGCUGACAGCCAAAUGCUUUGGCUACCUGACCAGGCAGCUGAUGGGUCUGGCAGGCGGUCGGCUGGUGCUUGCCUUGGAGGGGGGUCACGACCUCACAGCCAUAUGCGAUGCCUCCGAAGCCUGCAUCUCUGCUCUGCUUGGCAAUGAGUUGGACCCCAUUCCUGACGAGGUGCUCCAACAGAGACCAAACGCCAAUGCUGUGCACUCUAUGGAGAAAGUAAUUGAAGCUCACAGUAAAUACUGGCGCUCGUUGCAACGCUCUGCCUCGACACUCGGCUGUUCACUGAGCGAAGCCCUCCAACGUGACACAGACGAGGCUGAAACUGUCUCCGCCAUGGCCUCGUUGUCUGUCGCCAACAAGCACAUUGGAAACAGAGCUGAAGAGGAACCGAUGGAAGAGGAAGCUCCCAUGUAAAGAAUCAUCCCUCGCCUUUGACCACUCAGACCAGUCUUGAUCUUUGACUGUUUCCUCAUCAGUCAGUUCUAGUUUAAACUCCUCUCCUAUGUCUGACCCCUGCCGGAUCAAGAUGGCAUCUUAUCUUGGGAGGACAACGGGGGGGGGGAGCUGACAAAAGUGGCACUCAAAAGGAAACGGACCACUGAAGAUGAGCGAUGCAUUCACUGGUCAGCGGUGCACAGAGCGAUAAGCAUAACAUGUGCUGCGUUGCAUUGCACUUCAAGACCUUGGAUAUAAGAGGACGGACUCACCUAAACCACAAUGACAGCCUCGAGUGCCAGUGCUUUUAAACACUAGACAGAUGUGCUUUUUUGAUCGCCAGUCGGAAGCGUACACAGAGGAUGUACAGUCGUCUACUUUUCAUAUUAUUCUGUUCUCUCCGUGCUUUAUCGUCAUCUUCUCACUUUCAUCAAGACCACCAGAGCUAUUGUGAUUGUCUGCACUAAGGAUGGAUUCCUGCUCUUUCAAAGAUAUCUGAACGAGAAGGAACAAAAAAUUUCCUGCAAUUUUCCGAGGUUGUUGAAGGUUACAGAAGAGAAAGGUCAGCAGGUUUCCAGGAUUCCAAAAUUACUGACAGUAAAAAGACUGUGCAUUUGUGCCUUUUUUUUUUCCAACCUGGUGGAUUUUCUUUUGAACUCCACUGAAAGAGCUUUGCCUUAAAAAAACAGGUUUGGGAACGAGGCCUCUUCUCCCCCCCAACCCCUUAAACAUUUAAUCCUGGCAAGUCAUCCACUGCCUGCAUGUUGUUGGCACAUAGACUGGAGGACCUUCUUGGCAUGUUUACCUAUAAUUCCCUGCAACCAGCCUACUACUGUCUCUCCCUUCAUCUUUGUAUUUUCCGCUCAUUUUCAAUCUCAGCUUGGAAGGUAGUUCCCAGCCACAAGUUGGAGGUGGCUCCGUUUGAAAGGAAGGCGGAGGCGGGGGCUCGUAUUAUUGUGUAACCGUGUAUCACAUAGGCAUCGAUUCUUCUCCAUCAGUGGAAGAGUUAAGUAGCAUGCACUUUACUAGAACCGCAGGACUUCUGAGCGUCAGAAUCCUGUCAUACUGUAUGUAGUAGUUAGACAACAAUGAAGCCAAAGCAUGACUGACGAUCGUCUCUGUAGAGUCAAACCACUUACGGAGCUGCAGACUUAGCAGCGACAUUUUCUGCAUCAGAAUUUCUUUGCAGAAUAUUGAGGGAUGGCAAGGAAUUAAUCUCACAUGGGCCAAUUUGUUGAGCCAGCCCUCUUCUUUAAGACAAAUGUGUCUCCCUGGUAACGAGGACCACACCACCUGGGAUUUUCCAGAGGGAUGUUCCGAGGCUGCACAGGCUCCCACAGCUGGUUUAACAUCUUUAGUCCCUUGUUAAGCACAUCUGCUCUCCAAAUGUCAGGUGCCGUGGGCCAGGUGUGUAUAAGUCUGUCUGUUCAUAUACAGCGAAGCACAAGCUGCUCUUUAUACAUAUUCAGUAGUACAGUAGUAUCAUUUGAAAACUUCAUUUCCUUUUCACUUGCCAGCGGGUCAGUUGAAUAUAUUUGCAUCUUUAAAUAGCACAUGUAGCUCAGUCCUGUCCUCUGAAUGCCUCCUGUAGGGUUUCAGGAGCAUUUUUAUUAAACCUGUAAAAAUCUGAAUCCCUCUCAAUCAGAGUUUUGUAAGAUUUAAGAAGACAGGAGGUUAUGAGUAUAUUCUGAGCUUAAUGAUUUGGAAUAGUUUGAAACUAAAUCCACAAUAAAGCUGCCAGUCAGAGUCCAGUUCAAAUAAUCACACUGUGCAACACACCAGCCUCUAGCUUAGUUUUUUUAUUUUAUAAUCCUGGCAGGUAAAACAAUUACAAACUCCUUUUCAUUUUGCCAACACGUCUGGUGGAAGCUUCCUGCGUGUAACCAUCCUUCCAACUUGUGUUUGGCCCUCUGGGCAACUACCUUCUGCCACCUUUAUUCCAUCUACAGACUAAUCAUAUGUUUAAUGUAUUUUUUCAGUGAACAGGAAACAGAGUGCUGUGGUGUUUACUGUUGUUUACUGUACAUAGGACACUGAUCUCCUGAGUAUUCCUGCCACACACACAAGCUGUCAAUGACUACUUUGUUGAUUUUUUUUUUUCCCCCUCUCCGUCUCAUUCUUCUUUUUUUUUCUGGUUUUGUUGCCCUUCUCGGUGGACUCUAGUGACUUAUUUUUGUACUUUUUUAAAUGUGUUUUCCUGUUGUUUUGUACAUGUCGUCCACUCUCUCCUCUCUGUCUCUCUGUUACAUUGUAAAACUGACAUGCUUCACACCAGGUGAGGGUUCAGACUCUGUUUUUUGCAGACAUUACAUGUAUACGUUUCUGGGUUCAGGGUUUUUUGUGGGAGUGUUGGGAUGCAAAUGUUUCUACUUUGUAUAAUGAUGGACAAUUGUGUAUUUACUGUCUGUUCAUAGUAGAUUUAUAUAUAAAAAAGAAAUGAGUAUAUUAUAUAUAUCUAUACAUAAUGAAAUACUAUGAUCUUGUUUUUGAAGUUGGUAUUGAAAAACGAUACUUUUCAUGGGUCUUGCAAACCGUCGGCUCUUUUCGGGGUGUUCACGUGGGCACCGUUCGCUGUCCUGGGUUACAGCUGAUUACGCGCUGAGCAGCAUUUUGCUAGCUGUCUUUUUUGUCUUUUCAACAGUGACGAUAGUUUUUCGCUUUAUUUAUCCUGUUAGUACCAUAACACUGUUACAGUAGGUGUGCAGCUGCCCUCUGCUCAGCCUCACAUAUUCAUGCACAUAUUUGUACUAUUCCAUACUUUUUUGAUGUUAUGUGUGUGUGUAGGUGUUAUCAUAGAAAAACACAACUCUUGGCUGGCAUCUUUAAAGUAUUUUGAAGAAAUGUGAGACUACGCUUCAGAAAUCUGGAUUCUGCACUUCUUAACAAAAAAAAAAAGAAAAGAAAAAGAAAAACGACCAGUGUUUGUUCCUCUUGUGUGAAGGUUUACAAGUUCAUCCUCCAACAUCUUCGAAAAAAACAAGACAAAUGGGAAGGGUGGAUUUGAGUUUGCCGUGCCGUUCCCCUACGUUAAAUCACUACGAUGGGAAUUGCAAUUGAUUUCACAUGAUCAUCACUUAUUUUCCUAACAGGCCAAAUAUCCUUAGUUUUCAUUUAAAUUAUCGUUUGUCAAGUUUGCAUCUCGUUCGUCGGUAUGUAAGCGAUGGGUUUUUUAGGGCUUUUAUUCCAGUUGUUCAGCAAGACUUUUCUUGUAUUCAGAAAGAUUGCAGGUGUUUGAUCCCUGCAGCAGCCCACAUGUCUUCUCUUUCUUGGCAGACACAAAAACGCCAUUCCUGGCUUUUGCUGUACAAGGACCGAUUUAAAAACAAAAACUGAAUGUCUUAAAGAAACAAACAAAAAAAACAACUGUGUGAUUACAUUGUCAUAUGCUGAUUGAAACGCUCAAAUAGACUUGUAAGGAUCAAAUGUUCUCAUUUUGACUGAAUGUAUCUGACAUCUCCUGGCAGAGAGAUGAUGCCUCUCACUGCAAAUACACUUCUUGUGUCACAUGCCCUUAAAUUACACCCUUUUCUGCCACUUUUAUACAUGAAGUAGAGACUUUUUCAUGUCAUCUUUCACCUCAAAAAUUUACAGAAACAAGGAAAAUGUGUCGGCAUCAAUCCAAGUUUUUCGUAGAUUAUGUACCAUAGUUAGUGAGCAGAAGGGCUUUGCUUUAUCUGCACAUUCCCUUCUUUAAACACAGACACAUCACUUUCUCCUGUUUUGUCGUUUCGGGGCUGAUGUGUUGCGGGAUAGCUGCGCGCGGGGUUUUAUUCGUGGUCGGGAUGUGAAAACACAUAUAAUCAGGCUGUCCGGAAUAUCAACUCAACGGGGACGGGCUGACAUCUCGUUUUAAUCCACUUGAAGAGAUGCUUUUCAGUAACCCAGCCCAGAACAUUCCCAGAACCUUUGCACAGCAUUGCCAGUCAUUUCUCUACUGUUUAAUGCUUUGGUUUCUCGAACGCGGCCAAAACUAGCACUGUCUGGCCAUCUGUCUACACUGUUAGUCUUAAAACAAUGUCCAGUAACCAAAAAGAAAAAAAAAAAAAACCCCGAAACAUUCCAUUUUGUUAUAAUUUCCAUUUAUUAGGAGGCAGAUCUUUUUUUUUUUUUUCUUUUUUUUUUUUAACCCUCACAGGUUCAAGAGUUGUCUGGUUGUUUAGGUGGCCUGGUCUGACUCCACUCCAUUCCUCUUUUCUCUCUGCAUGAUCUGUAUGUCUGCAUGCACUGCCUACCUGUCUGUCUGUCUGUCUACCUGUCUACCUGUCUGUCUGUCUGUCUGUCUGUCUGUCUGUCUGUCUGUCUGUCUGUCUGUCUGUCUGUCCCCCUGCCACAUACCAGCACAAGGGAUCGAGCACUGAAGGACGUUAGUACUUUCACUGUAUCCAAACUGUCUUAUCUCUUUUGAUGCUUUUUUUGUUUUGUUUUGUUUUGUUUCUAGUGGGGAGGAGUUUGGAUGCUUUCCAUGUUGUGCUCUUACCUGUAGCAUAAGGAAUCAUCAAACCUGGAAGACUUUAAGUUGAACAUUUUACAAAAAAAACAAAAAAAAAAACAAGGAAAAAACAGUAUCUAGCACAGACAAUAGAUUUAAUUGUAUUUAUGUAGAAAAACAAAUUGUUUUAGUGGGAUGCUUUGUAAACUGCAACAACAGAAUGGACUCUUUUUUUCUUUUCUUUUUUUUUUCUUACCAGGCGAGAUGUGACUUCGGUGGAUUUUUGGGAAGACACUUUUGUUCUUUGUCACAUCUGGACUUAUCAAAGGGCUCCAUCCAGAUGCCUGGUCAUUGUUACAGUCGUCCAUUUCAGUAAAUAAGCCAGUUAUCUCUAUGACCACUGUGGUUCAACAACAAACAGUUCUAGGUUUACAUAUGUAUAAAAUGCCUAUUCUUUUUCUUUUUUUUUUUAUCAGUUAUGUUUUUGACUUGUUCCACCAUUGUUACAGAAAUAGUACAUUUUUCUCGGGAACCUUUGCUCUAACAUGUUGUCUUUGACAUCUACAAUAUAAAGUAUUGUUUUGGAAAAAC